UCCUGAGCCGCUCCGCGAGCAUACUGUGGCAGCUUCAUACUGAGAUGAGACUUCUAAGUGUUAAAAUUGGAAAAGGAAUAUUUCACCGAUUUGCAUUUAGCUUUGUAUUACUAUAAAAGGUAUUUUUGAAAAAAAUAAAUGUGUUUCUAACCUCAGUUUCCCCUGAGUUGAGAAAUAUCUUCAUUCUUUUCUUGGUCCUGUUAGCGUAGCUGUUAGCAAAGAUGGCGGACACUGUUUACUGUUUUGAGGUUAGUUUACACAUGUUGCAUUUCAGGUUCUAAUUUGUAAGUUUUCCUUUAUUACGUGUGUAUUUGUUUGUGACCCUUGUGCCAAUUCAUCAACAGCAUUUCUAAUAUUAGUUAUUUCACUGUUGGCUGCACUUAUUUUAUAUUCCGUUAGUUUAUAUUUCAGAAACCAUGUCAUAUGCUCAAUCUCAGUAAACUGUUGAACUAUAUGCUGCGUCCGUAUCAUCGUUGCUUCUAAUCGGGGCCCCCCAGGUUGAGAUAUACAAUGAUGGAGGAAAAGAGCAACAAUACUUUUGCCAACGGAGCAGGCCCUGAGCUGAGGAAAUGCGACUCGGACACUUUUCAGUGUCCGGUUUGCCAUAAAAAGGGGAGCUACCCAAAACUUGUGGCUCACCUGCAGGGCCACAGACGGUCAAUUGUAGAGUAUGGUGGAUACAGUGUCUACAAAUGCCAGCUUGGCUGUGUGCAAAGCCACCAUUAUCACUGUGGCUUUUGCACAAAAGUCAUUGUGAGAAAGGAGUUUUUUGUCCGUCACUUCAAAAUCUGCUGCAAGACAAAAACCACAAAUACUACUGCAAAUUUGGCAUUCACGGUGACUCCAGCAUCCACUCCAGCACCUAUGGUGACUCCAGUGUCCACGGUGACUCCAGCAGCCACGGUGACUCCAGCGUCCACUCCAGCAGCCAUGGUCAUUCCAGUGUCCACGGUGACCAUGGCGGCCCCAGCAGCAGACCAUCGCAAAAAAACAUGGUUGGUGGCACGCAAAAAAACGACGUGUUGUUUUUGUUGCAAACCAAUCCUUAGAAAAAACCUCAAAACACACAUUGAAAGGCAACACAAGGAAAAAUCAUCGGACAUAACAGCAAAUCACCACCUGAACUCUGUGUGUGUUGAUGGGAAAAGGGGAAUUUUUGCCGUGUCUAGAUCUUUCAAGGCUACUGCACACUAUAUCCAUGCCCAAAAAUGUACCUGGGGUAGUCACCACCAUGUGUCCUGCCAAUUGGAGACAUGUAACAGGGCAUAUGACAAUGCACUGCCAAGUGGGUUACUGGAGUUUGACUGUGUCCAUGUUCGGUCGUUGGCAUUUAGUCCUGUGACCACCACACCAGCUGUUUCUCUUGAUGAUGGGGUUCUCACAGACAUGCUGGAAAACAAGUGGUUAAGCCAAAACUGUGUGGCUGAAUGUCUGACAAGGAAACUGGCAGCUGAUGAUCAAGGUGCACCCCUGAGUGUGGUGGUAAACCUCGAAAAUGAACAGGGACACAUUUAUCUUUCUGUGUUUGAGCCACACAUUUCAUUGUAUUCUAGAUAUGGGAGGGUCAUGGUCCACUAUGACAAUUCAGACAACUCAUUGAGUUGCCCCUGCUCAGAACCCUGGACAUCUUGCCCACACAAAGCCAUAUCAAAGUGGCACCUGCACCAAUUAAGGCCUGACUUCUUUGUACAAAAUAUGGAUUGUCAAGAAGAGUCCUCCGAUGCACCCAUGGAAGAUGAUGCAACACCCGUGGAAGAUUAUGCACCCAUGGAAGAUUAUGCACCCGUGGAAGAUGAUGCACAGCCUGAACAUGGUCUUCUGUAUCCCCCGGAAGGAAAAGCACUGGUUGAAAUGGUGGAUUACCUCAUUUCACAUAAAGCCCUGCCAGCAAACCUUCCGAGGAAUUUGAUUUCAUCAGAGGAUAUGCCAAGGCACUUAGUUCCCAAAGAGAACUUCUGUCACAAAUGUCCCGGCAAAGUUCCACUUUCUGGGGCGAUAGCCAUUUGCAAAAAUGCAAAGAUUGUAUCAGUCACUGGAAUUGUGGAGGGUAUAACUACAUAUUUUAAAUUAUGUGUCACAUGCAACACAUUUUAUCGAUACCAGGAGUGGACAGACGGGCUACACAAUUUUAACGAUGGUGUCAUUUUGACACACCAUUUCUGCCUUUUCCUGAGGAACUCUGUACAGAACCAUACAGCAGUGGCGAGCGCUGUGGCGGCUUUACAAGCCACAAACAAAGAUAAAUAUCCAGACCACGACUCCAUACUUCACGGGUACCUUCAUUUUGAAGCUCUUUCAGCACAUGAGUAUUCAUUCUCUUGUGCGAGUUGUGGAAACCAUCCUCCUGUUGUCAUCAUGGAUUUGCAUAAGAAGGGAGUCCUCAGUGUGCCAAUGAGUGACCUUAAAGAGCCCCCAUCUGACUUUAAUGGCGAGGUUGACAUGGAAGACUUUUGGCAUUCUGUCAGCCAGGAAAUUAUUUGCAGAGGCUUUGUGAAGAGCAAUGCUGCAAACCCUUGUGGGGUAUCUCCAUCGUAUCACAAAUGGGCACCAUGGAUAGGUCCUCACACCAGAGCCAGCAAUAUGGUGUUUAACAAGGAAUACAAGAAGGUCAAAGGCAGUAAAGGAUCCAACCCGCUAAAGCAGGCAGAGGUGGAUAGAUUGACAACUGAAGUAAUGGACUUAAAGGUUGAUUUACUGCGGACUUUAGUAAAACAGUGUGGCCUUGAUUCAUCUGGAUCAAAAAUGGAUCUUGUCAUCCGCUUGAGAGAACAGAUGAAAGACCGCAGUACCUAUGACAAGGUGUUUCAGAAGGUCUGGGGUGCAUCAGGUGGCUGGGCUGUGAUAAUGUGUCCCUGUGGUGUUGUGAGUUCAGUGAAGUUCAAUAUCCGAGCAGAAAGUCCACAGGAUUAUGCAGACAUGCUGCUCUCCUUCAAACACCUGCCAAAUGUAGUCAUGGCCUCACCUCAAAUUCUGGACUCCGCCAAGAAGGGAGAAAUGGAAAAAAAACUGCCCUGGGUAAACUUGCGGAAGAGGCCUGCAGACAUAAAUGCACACCCAGACACAGGAUCUGCAGAUCACUAUGCACUAUAUGACACAUUUCAUGAGGCAAACAUGAAAGACCUAAAAGACUGCCUCAGAAAAGUUGGUCUUGUCCCAGAAAUCUGUGGAUGGGUGAAUUCCCAAACAGCAGAACAAUUGUUCUCCAAAAUGAGGAAAAACAAUCAUUUUCUGAGCAUGAUGUCCCCAGGAAGCCAUGUCUUUCUCAUGAGAUGUAUGAUUCAUCAUCAUAAUCUGACAAUAAAUGAGAAGACACUAACAGAUCUUCAGGAAAUAUCGACAGAGGACAUUGCCACAGACAGGGCUGGACUGGGACCAGAAAAUAGCCCUGGCAUUUUAGGCUUUGGCGGCACACCAUGAUUAUUUAACUACAUGCGGGGGCACAUGACAUGUGGCAUGUUGAAAAAUGGCUAUCAAACCUGGAAAUCAUGAUGUUCUCAUGAUGUCUUUUAAGUUUUAAUGAUGAUUUUUUUUGUCAAAUGGAGCAAAGAAACCAGACAAUAUUCACUUUUAAGACAUGAUUGUAUUACAGUAACGCAAAUUAAAUUCAGUGUCAUCGAUUUUGUUGAAUCGCCAAAUAAAUACAAGGAAUAAAAUGUAAUAGAUGACAUUAAAAACAAUAAACAUUUGUUGCAAUUGACAACUUUAUUCAACGUUCUAGUAUUAGCAACUUUUGAGAGUUAGGACAUUUUGUCUGGGUCUUCUGUUUAUCUCAUUAAUAAUUAAUUGAACAAACAUGGAGGCAUCACAUUCAUGUUCAACUGAAAGGAAAAAAUUACUGUAAAACAAUGUUUUCUAACUUUUACCCGAGGUUUGAGUCUCUGAGUUUCUACUUGAUACAAAAGCAGAAAAGUGUAAAUGUGAGUCACAGGAACAAUGUUAAUGUAGUCACUUAUUUAGGUCUGAAUAAAUAAGUGAAGGACAGAAGCGAUUAGUUUCUUUAAUCAAAUGUAUUGUGUAUGUUUUCUAAAAUGUCUCCACUCUGUUUCAAACAAAGACACCAUCUCCACAUCCAACCACAGUGAGCGACGCAACCAAUCGCAAUCAUUUUUUUCAAUUGACGGCCCUAAUAU